CCUGUCCUGGUCGUUCUCGAUGACGACCCAACAGGCACACAAACUUGUCAUGGCAUUAACGUGUUGACUGUGUGGGAUGUCGACAGCCUUGCCACAGAGCUUCGUGCCGACAAUGGAGGCUUCUUCAUUCUCACCAAUUCCCUUGCUUUGCAUACUAAUGACGCAAGAGCACUAAUCGAAUCGAUAUGCCGAGCUGUCAAGGAGGCCGCUUCCAUAGUUUAGAAGGAUUUUGAGAUUGUUCUGGGAGGCGACUCGACACUGCGUGGUCACUUUCCGGGUGAACUUGAAGCUGCAGAAUCAGUUCUAGGCAAGGUCAAUUGGUGGAUUCUUGCCCCUUUCUUUCGACAAGGAGGCCAUCUCACUCUGAACACAUUCACUACGUAGCCGACGUGAAUGGGAAUCUCACCCCGGUUGGCCUGAGUCCUUUUGCCAAGGAUGCCACAUUUGGGUUUAAAAGCUCGGAUUUAUGGGAUUAUGUCGUCGAGAAAUCAAAAGGGUCGAUAUCAGCUGCUCACGUGCAAUCAGUCUCCUUGGACGAUAUACGAAUUGGCGGCCCAAAAGUCGUUGCUGAACGUCUCUUAAGUUCUGAGACCAAAUGUGUCAUAAUCGCAAACGCUGUCGUAGAUAGCGACAUGGAGAUCCUUGUCCAAGGCCUCUUUGAAGCGAGGCGUCGGGGGAAACGAUACAUCUACCGUAUAGGGGCCGCUUUUGUUUCAAGUAGAUUAGGCUUGGAGCAGAUUCCUCCAUUAACAGCUCGAACACUAGAACUGGACGUCUCCCCUUCAAGUCCCGGUGGUCUCAUUCUUGCAGGCUCGUAUGUGCCAAAAACCACGGCGCACUUAGAGUCUCUUAUUGAAGGUCUUGGUAACAAACUUGCGACUAUUGUGUUACGAGUUGACAAUUUGCUGGAGGGUCCUCGUGCCGCAGAAGCGACAAUUUUACAAGCUUCUGAUGAGACAUGUCGCUUAAUUAUAGAUGGCAAAGAUGUGCUUAUUAUGACGAGCAGAAAACUCAUCACUGGCAGUGAUAAAAGAACAAGUUUAGACAUUGGAAGUGUGGUAGCUAGUUCCUUGGUUUUAUUCCUACGGAUGCUAAAUCCUCGCCCUCAUUACGUGAUUGCCAAAAUUGAUGCCGGGCCAAUAAUCACACUUCACUUGUGCGGAAUAACAUCUUCUGAUGCAGCAACAAAAGGAUUGCGAAUGCUACGUGCAAAGGUAGUCGGCCAAGCAGCUUCAGGUGUUCCGCUUUGGAGAUGUGACGAACCUACAUCAAAAUUCACGGCUGCAUUAGCUUACAUUGUCUUCCCUGGAAAUGUGGGCGAGAACGAGACACUUCGAGACCUUGUCACAAGCUGGGCGGCG